AGUUUGUGUGCUUUUCUUAUAGGUUCAAGCUUUUUUCUGGCUGACUAUGAACAUAGCCACGGCAUCAAUGAGGAACCACAACACGGCACACCACUGGGGAACUUCCACGGCUUGUCCACACCUUUCUCAAAAGGUUGUUGACCUCUGAAAAGAGACUGAACCAGUUUCACCUCCAUUUGUCAAUGUCAGUGACAUUUCAUGAAUUGGAUGAGCAUUUUUACUAAGUGAGGAGAUGGGAAACAUGUACAGACUCAUAAUAAGAUUAUUAACUGCUCUGGUCUUAUGCUUAUUGUGCCGGGCAGAAUGGAAUUCCACUGACGUGUCUGUCAAUCGAACUGUGCCCCACUGUCAUCUCCAUGGCGACCGAGACAAUUGCACAGAAACAUUAGAUACAGGACAGUGGAGUGGCCAUUUCUCAAAAUGUCCAGAGGAGUUGACGUAUUACUGCAUCCAUGGAGAGUGUCGUUACAUUAAACAGCAGAAGCAACCUUCCUGCAGGUGUGAUAGUGGUUACAUCGGCUCCAGGUGUGAAUAUGUGGACCUCGGCUUGCGGAUAGGAGAGAAACGACAAAUGAUAAUAGCUUGCAUCAUUGCAGCACUUGUAUUCCUCAUGGUUCUUAUUGUUUUCAUCUGCAUCUAUUCACAUCGCAGGUGCAGAUUCUGCCAUCGGACAGGAAGUCCGAGAGAAAAACCACAGGAUGGGACAGAAAAGCUCAGUAUGAUGGAUACCAGUACAACACACACAAGAGACUCGACAGAAACAACACACACCAACUCAGUGUGAUGACUUUGUGUGAACCAACCAGCACUGAAGGCCAGGAAUUAUUUAUACAUGCGAGAUAGUUGCUGGUUAUUGUCUCACAAUGAUGGCAGAGAGCUAAAGGAUGUGCUUGGACAGCACCAGACUUAAGAGGAAGAGCACUUGAGGAUGAACUGUCUCCUGUUGUCGCGAUGUGGAGGAAUUUGCACCCCUCCUUUUAAAGAAAGCUUCUUUCUUGAAGCUACUGAACAGAUAAAAAGAUGCUUUCUGGGAUUUAUGAUAAACAUGAACGCGGCAAGAUUGCUCAGCUACUUGAGUGCUGCCAGGAAUCUGUGUUUCCUUGUGGACAACACAUCUACACUGUGUAACCAGAGGAAAGGGACUAAGAUGUCACACUGGAUGUACACUUUAGGGAAUUGAUGGACUAAAAAAAAGAAUCAUUUAAUGUAUAGCAAUGUGUAAUCUUUGAGAUACCAGCAGCAGAUGUAAACUGCUCGUGUCAUUUUAUAUUAUUUCUGUUUUGUUCACUGCAGGAUUCUAGUGUCAUUUCAAAAUGUUACAUUAUCUGCACCACACAAUUAAAAGUUAUCAUUGCUCAUUCCUCACACCAGAACAAUGUCUCAAUUUAAAGAAUAUUGUUACUUUUACAUGUUAGCGAUGCAAGAAGAGACCCACGUAUACUACAGGUUGCAGUUGCCUGCAGGGUUGGAGGCGGACAAGGAGAACUUGUGCUGUAGGCUUCUUUGAUCUAUAUAUUUGGAGCCGAGGGGCUCUGAGCCGCGAAUUCAGAACAGCUGAGCCUGUGUCCACGGACCACGGCAUGAAAAUGUUCCACUGUAAGAGACAGUUUCCAAACUGCAAACCUUUCACUGAGCUUUAAAUGAAGUAACUUACAGUCAGUGAAAUCUAACUCCUGCCAUUUACACCCCAUAUGAAUAAACAUCACUACUCUAUCCAUUGUGCAUUUACAUGAUUUCUAUUAUUUUUCCAAGGAAUUAUCACUUCAUUGUCAUCUUUCAACGAGGUUGUGCAAAAACUCAAGAAUUGAUUUGCAUAAAACUUGUCAGAUAGUUGGAUAAAACACAAUAGAAAAAACAAAAAAAAACAAUCAACCAACCAAAAAAGCAAACACACAAACAAAAGCCUGUUUUUGAUGUCUGUACCUCAGGUACUUUAUUGCCACAAAUGCCUCCAGGUAGGAGUUAUUUGAUGCUACUGUAAUUUUCCAGCUUCAUGUCUGAGUUUUAUAAGUAAGCUUUCAUUGGAUUCCUUGGAUUGAUGUGAGUUCAAAACAAUGUCAAUUUCUGUUAUAUUGUUUUUUUAAUAAACAUUAUAUAAAGUUCA